AUGUCAUUAGAAUCAUAUGGAUUACCAGAUUGGAUCAUCAAUAAUCUAAAUGAACAGAAUAUAGUAGAUUUAAUGCCUGUACAGAGUGAGAUUGUACCAUUCAUUGCUCGUACUGAAGGUCAUGAUAUUCUAGUGGCUGCACCAACAGGUUCAGGUAAAACAUUGUCUUAUGUAUUACCAAUUGUUCAAAAAUUACAUAAAAGAAUCAUUAGAAGAUUAAGAGUAUUGGUUAUUUUACCAACACAUGAUUUAGUGAUUCAAACUGAAAAGACAUUUCAAUCAAUUAUAAAAGGAACUAAUCUUGUUGUUGAAUCAUUGGGUUUAAAAUCAUUACAUUUGGAACAAAGUUUAUUGGUUUCAUCACAUUAUAAUCAACAAAAUGAUAGUGUUUAUUAUGAAAGUUUAGUAGAUAUAGUUGUAACGACACCUGGUAGAUUGGUAGAACAUUUAAAUGAAACACCUGGAUUUAAUUUACAACAUUUAACAUACCUCGUCAUUGAUGAGGCCGAUAGAUUAUUAAGAGAAUCUUAUCAAUUUUGGUUGGAAAGAGUCAUUGAUUCUACCAAAUCAGGUACAAAUGAUCGUUCAAUCAAUCUCUCCAACCGAGGUGAUAUGCAAAUCCUCGAUUCAAAAUAUAAAAGUUUAGGUUCACAUUUGGAACAUUUAUCAUCAAAAGAAUCAAGAUUAAUUAAAUUAUUAUUAUCAGCAACAAUGACAUAUAAUCCAGAAAAGAUUUCAUUAUUGGAAUUAAAUGCACCUUUAUAUUAUAGUUCAACGAAAAAGAAGGAAUCAUCUACCAAAUAUUCAAUGCCAGACAGUUUACAAGAAUAUUAUGUUGCAUGUCCAGCAUCACAAAAACCAUUAUCAUUGAUUCACAUUGUAUAUUCAAUCCUACUGAAAAAGAAAUCAGAUAAUGCCCGUAUCAUUUGUUUCACCAACAACAAGGAAAUUGCUCAAAGAUUGCAUACUCUAAUUGGAUUGGUCAAUGAAAUCAAUGGAUAUAAUAUAAAACCUGCUUUAUAUUCUUCUACCGUUUCAACUAUUGAACGUUCACAUUUAUUAGAAAGUUUAAAAAAUAAUCAUAUUAAUUUAUUAAUUUGUAGUGAUAUUUUAUCAAGAGGUAUGGAUGUACCAAAUGUUGAUGCAGUAAUUAAUUAUAAUUUACCAUUGACAGCAGUGCUUUAUGUACAUAGAGUUGGUAGAACUGCAAGAGCAGGAAAGGAGGGAGAAGCAUACACCAUUGUAGAUACAGUAGACAAAUCAAAAUUGAUUGCCAUUUCCAACAAGGCAUCUAGAUUAAAUCCCAUCAAAAGAUUGGUUUUCAACAACAAGGAUUUUGUAUUGUUUGAAAAGACUUAUAAAAAGGCAUUAAUCCAAACCAAACAAUCUUUAAAAUUAUCUAGUCAUAAACUUGGUUUAUUAAAAAAUGGUGGCAACGGAACAAAUAAUAACAAAACAUCAACUCUAAUUGAAUCAUUAUUGGAAAUUAACAAAAAAAGAGCCCAAAGAAAUUUUGAAUAA